AUGAGUGGUACAGAAGGCAUUUCAUCCGGCGACCCAAGUUGCUCGGCGACGGUCCCUCCUGCAGGAGUGUCAAAUGAGGCAACAGAGUCUCCUGAGCCCUCGUACACCACACGAUCUACUGUCCCCGUGGAUUUGGCAUCCGCCCCGCCUUCUGACCCUGCAGAAGAGCCAACACUCCUCAAACCCUUCAAUAAUCCCGCGGAGGGUGAAGCAGCCAGCAAUCAGACCGAAGCGGCGACAGCCAAUCACUCUCAUAUGGAAUCUUUACUUAGUCCAUCUGCGCCGAAUACAAGUCAUUCACCAACGACGAGUGGGGCUGCCGAUUCGCAGGCACAUACGAUUGUAGCUCUCGCCUCGUCGGACAAUUAUCACACAAGAGCUGCAUCGCCCGUUGAAGCCGGUCUUCCUGCUCCUGCUGCUCAUCCCAGCUUGACUCAACCCUCUGGCUCACUUCCAACUGCUGAUACAGCAGUACGCAGCUCUGCAAUCGACCACCAGGUAUCAGAUACUUCUCGGGACGUCAAUAUGGCUGAAGCACCUCCACCUGCGGCUGCAACUGUGACCGAACCCGGCCAAAACGCGUCAGCUCCUACCAGAGAUGCAAGCGGCGGAGCUGCUGCCGCUGCCGCUGCUGCUCCUGCCACUACUGCUCCUGCCGCUGCUGCGCCGAAUGCAAGCCCUAUACCGACUGCAGCAAACGAUUCGGACUCUGCCACUGCGGGUAAUCGACCAGGCGUCAGAGUUGGAGCUCGUCGAUCUGGUCCGCGGGGCAUAAAUCUACAUGUUCACUGGGACGACGAGGCAGGCUCUUCCGGACAGCCUCCCAACCAGCCCCCGAACCCUCCGCCUGCCGCACAUGCUGCAGCCCCGGAGCCAGAUCCGCACGACCCUCGUAAUCCUGCUGCUAGACCUCUAAACCCUGGCCGUUAUGUGCCAGCCCAGAACGUCAACCAUGGCAUCCCGGUUACGGUGCUUCAUCACCCACAGCCGACUUCUUUCGUCACCCCGCAGCCACUCCAUUUCGCUGUGCAGAACCCGAUAGCCCCUUGCGCCUAUCCAAACACAGCCGCUUCCAUCAACCAGCAGCCCGCAGUAGUCGUUAUGGGCCAACAGCCGACUGCCGCAGCUGUUGGAACCCCCAGUUUCCCAUGGGCAAGCCCGCACCCGAUGGUGACCGCCGCCUCGCAGAACUAUCUGGUUAUGAACCCUCCUGUUGUAUCCCCAGCGGUUCAGGCCCCGCCCAUCGGAACGAGCUCAUGGUGCUACCCUAACUGGCGCCAGUCGCCUUUCCAUAAUGGCACUGGGCACUGGAGAACCAACCCUCCGAUCAUUGUGGGCAACCAGGGUUCUCGGCCCGUAGUGAUUCCCACCCAGAGCCACCACGUGUUCUACUACUCGUAG